AUGCGGCCGCUGCUGCCGCUGCUGCUGCUCGGGACGGUGGCGCUGGCGCGGCCGCAGGACCUGUCCCCCGCGGGCGCGCAGUGCCUGGAGCACGAGUGUUUCGCCGUGUUCUGGGCGUCCCGGCCCUUCUCCGGCGCCAGCGAGGGCUGCGAGCGGGGCGGGGGGCACCUCAUGACCGUGCGCUCCACCGUGGCCGAGGAGGCGAUCACGCUGCUGCUGCAGAAGCGCGAGGGGCGGCUCUGGCUCGGGCUCUCGCUGUCGCCCUCCUUGUCCUGCACCGAGCCCAGCCGGCGGCUCCGCGGCUUCCGCUGGGUCACCGGCGACCGCAGCACCGAUUACACCAACUGGGCGCCGUCGGGGCAGCGUUGCGGCGAGCGCUGCGUGACCGUGUCCCGGGAGCUGCUCUGGGAGGAGCGGCGCUGCGAGGAGCCGGCCGACGGCUUCCUCUGCCAGUACAGCUACGGCGGCAGCUGUCCCCGCCUGGCCGCCCCGCGCGGCGUCCCCGUCGCCUACGCCACCCCCUUCGGCGCCCGCGGAGCGGAGUUCCUGGCGCUGCCUCCGCGCAGCGUGGCGUUCGUCCCCGACCUCGGGCUGGAGCUGCGCUGCGAGGAUGGGGACGGCGCGGGGCCGCGCUGGGGCCGCGACACCCCGGGAGCGUGGGCCUGCGAGCUGGCCGGCGGAGGCUGCGCGGGGACGUGCGGGGAGGAGCGCGGGCGGCCGCGCUGCUCCUGCCCCGAGGGCGCCGUGCUGGGCCCGGACGGGCGCGGGUGCCGCUCGCCCUGCGAGGGGGCGCAGUGCCAGCAUCACUGCGUGGUGGCCGGCGGCUCCUUCGUGUGCAUGUGCGCCGUCGGGUACCGGCUGGCGGCCGACGGCAUCAGCUGCGAGGACAUCGACGACUGCGCCAGCGAGCCCGGCCCGUGCGAGCAGAAGUGCGUGAACACCAAGGGCGGCUUCGAGUGCCGGUGUCACAGCGGCUACAGGAUGGUGGACGGGCGCUGCCAGCUCCUGCCGCCCUGCUGGGAGGCGCCGUGCCAGCACCGCUGCGAGGAGCUGCCCGACGGCUACCGCUGCGCCUGCCACCCCGGCUACGCCGUGGACCCGCUGGAUGCCACCCUCUGCCGCCUGUACUGCAACGCCACCGAGUGCCCGGCCGUGUGCGACGCCGGCGGGGCCUGCGAUUGUCCCGAGGGAUUCCUGCUGGACGGCGACGAGCUGUGCGUGGACGUGGAUGAGUGCGACAGCGGUCACUGCGAGUUCAACUGCACCAACACCCCCGGCGGCUUCCAGUGCCACUGUCCCCACGGCUUCCACCUCCGCGGCGUCGACUGCGUCCCCAUCCUGGACGGGGACGGAGAGGAAAUCUCGGGGGAUUUCGAGCUCGUCCUGACCACGCCCGUCCCCGGCCGGCCCCCGCCGAAAGAGGAGCGGCUGCACCCCGGGGUGGUGGUGGCCAUCGCCGGCGGUGCCCUCCUGAGCCUCCUGGCCCUGCUGGCUCUGUUUUUCCACCUGGCCAGGAAGCGCUGCCGCUCCCACGGCUCCAUGGACUACAAGUACAGCGGCCCCCAGGAGAAGGAGCUGGGACUUCAGCCCGUCCCCUCCGCACAGAAGCUGUAGGGACAGCGGGCAGGACGGACACUGGGAGGCCGAACGGGGUGACAUUUAUCCCCGCCCCCGUGCCCCCCGGCUGGAAUUUUUGAAUGAGAAUUGGGGAAAAGCUGUGAUCAUCCCGCUCCCAGAUAUACUCGCUGCUUCCCAGCCUGAUCUUGGAAUGCUGGGGCCAGAGAGCGGGGACAGCAGAACACCCAGGGGCUGCUCCGCUCCCGCUGCCUUCCCGCUUCCUUGGCGUUCGGCUUUCCUUUCCCCGAGCCGGCGGUCGGGAGAACUGCAAGGAAGAAUCCAGGAGAGACGGCUCCGUGUGGACAUGACUCUAAAUCCGUGGGAUGAGAGCACGGGGUGACCAAGGCGGAGACUUUGGAAGGACACCUCGACCCAAAUCCCCCUCUCCUGGGCUGGAUGGUUUUCCCGAACUGGGAGGCUCCUGCUUUUCUUUGGGAUGGGGUUCGCUUGUGUUAAGCUGAGGGAAGGAGGAGCAAAGAUGUUGUGGGAGGCACUUGUCACCUUAAGCCACUGGUAACAACAGGGACCCGGCUCGGUUUCACCAAGGUGGGACUCAAAUUCCUGAUUCCCAUUCACUCUCAUUAUUCUUUUGAGGGAUUUGGAGGUUAAACAGGGACACGAAGGCUGCCGGGGUGGGUUUUGUAGGAAAGGUUUGCAGUGCUGCAGAGUCACAUCCAGUUCCUUCCUUGACUUGCCGCUGUUGUUACCUUAAAUUGUUGGAUUUGGGAUAUUUUUACGACCCCUCCUGCCCACAGGGAGUUCCCCUGUUCCCGCGUGCAGGGCUGACUCUUAAUCACACAAGGCAAAACAUUCCCACGGGGCAGGAUCCGGCAUGUUGCUCAUUCCCAGCCAUGGACUGAGGGGGGAAUUCUGGAGAAGGAUCUGGUUUUCCAGCUCCAUCCUUCCCUGGGGAGCCAGUGAGGGUCCUGCUCCGGCUGCCUUUGGAGCGGGAACAUCGGAGUGGGAGCUGGCAGCUCUAUGCCGGUGAAAUAUUAUCACAGAGUGGCAGAAGUCGUGGAAGCCUGGGAUCAGAAUCAAGGGGUUCUGUUUCCCCACAUUCCCCCUUCCCACCCUAUGAACUUCCCAGCACGCAGCCUCCCCCCUGGAAUGCUAAACCUCCGCUGCAAAUUCCCAGGAAAAUCAAAAUAGAGGCAUUGUAGGAAUUGUAGUUUUCAUAAAAGGUCGUUAUCCUGAAGGAUAAGGCUGGAAAACUGAGGGUCGUGUCCAUGGAUCCCUUGGGAUGGAUUAAAGAGAAACCACGUGGAGUGAGGGCUGUAAAUCUCUGGAUGUGCCAGGUUUAUUUUUGGACAGUUUGGCUGCAGUGGGAAGGAGGGAGCUGUUGUGAUUAUCCAUAUUUAUAUUUGAUUAGCCAGAAAGAGAUAUCAAAAUGUAAAGGUGUCACUCGGGAAAACAUCGAAGGAAAAGGAAGGGAAAGAAAGGAUGAAGUUUGAGAGUGGAAAGACCUUGCUAAAAAGCAUCAUCCCACCUGCAGGAUCUGCUUCCCAUGGACCUUUCCUCAUUAUCCAGCUCAAACCCCAGCUUGCUCCUGGGUGGAUGCGAGGUUUUGCCACCACACCCCCAAAACCUCCUCCUCCCCCCUUAUCGCGAAUUCCCACCACAGAGUUUUAUCUUAUCACAAGUUCCUUCCUUACGACGUUGGAGUCGAUGUUGGAGUCCUGAAUUCCCGGCUCUCCCCACCCACCUCCCCUACCCCCCGGGGGCCGUUUAUAAAUCCUUAUUUAUUUAUUGGAAUUUUACCCUGUGUGAUGGAAUUGUCUCGUGGAGAUCCUGUGCGGACACCAAUAAAGCUUUGCCAGUCUGGUUUAGAGAAACUGCUCAGGGAA